AUGAGCCAAACGCCAGGGCAUUCUCCUGUGAAGCUGGGGCCCAAGGAUUUGAGCCAAGUGGAAGUGAAACACCCCGAAGAGGUGCUACGAAAAGGUGAGAAGGUGAGAUGUUUCGUGAAGUUUCGUAAAGACUUCAUGGCUUUGUCGAUGCUGGAUACCUUCAAAGAUCGGCUGCGAGUAUCACAGCUCGAGAAGGGCCACAGCUAUGAUGCCAAGGUGGUCCAUGUGAAUCCCAGGAUUGGCGCCUUUGUGGAUUUGGGUGCUGUGGCCAAUGGCCUGAUCCCACUGAAGACACUUCCUGGAGCCAGCAACAAGGAGAAGGCGGAGGCUUUGCGUCUUGGUUCACCUCCAGGACGAGAGAUGCAGGUCAGAGUGGUCGAUGUGGAUGUGGCCAAGGGUCAGAUCACGGUGGCGCCUGCCAAGCCCACCUAG